CUCAGUCAUUGUUCAUCGCGCAAACUAUAAACAACAUGGAUUUACUUUACAGAAUUCUUCAAGUGUUGAUUGUCGUCCUCUAUUUGGUGUGCUACGUCCUGGGCGCCUGCAACGACGGCUUCUACGCAAGAAAUGGCAAUUUGGUCAUUGACUUAAAUAAUCUGCAAGCGCAAUUUGAUUGCGUGCAACAGCAGCAUCGCGGAUAAUACAUAAUAAUAAUAUUGUAUUAUGAAAUAUAAAUAAAAGUUGUACAACUUUUUUUU